AUGGAGGUCAAAGGCCAUCUGAUUACAUCCAUGGGUUUGGUGGGAGCUCCAGAUGUUCAAGUGUGCCACGACAGCAAGCUGCAGGCUGAGCGGGUUGCAGCCCUGCAAGAGAGGAAGCAGGCCCUGGAGGCUCUUCUUAACACCCGCAUAGAGGAACUCAAACUUGUUUGUUUUCAAGAAGCAGAGCUGACUGGGAAAUUGCCACAAGCUUUCCCCCUGGAGACCGGUGAGAAACCCCCAGCAGUGCAGCGCAGAGUUGGCAUGCCUCCCAACUGCAGGACAGAAGAUGAUGUUGCCCAAAGAAAGCAGAUGAAAGCAAUCUUUACUGGUGCCCUAUACAGGCACACAGAUUCAGAAAGAAACAUCCCAAAUAACAAGAGGACAGUUCAUCGGGGCUGUCACACAGAGGACGGUGUCACGUCAGAGAGUACGAGCUCUAUGUCAGAUUCAACAUCGCAUGACAAUGAAUCCUCUCCCAGCGUAGCAGCAGAUCAACGUUCUCUGUCCCAGCCUCGUCUUACUGUAGGCAGCCCUGACCACAGGAUCAGCAGGAAACUCUCUCCCGUAGAGGUUUACUACGAAAUGAGAACUCGUCGCAAUUCUGUCACAAGUUCUGUCAGUCCAACACACUCUUUACCAAGAAGUGCAUCUAAUGUUGAAGGCAGAAGUGUUCCAGCUACACCACUUUUGGCCCGAACCGCACCAAUCAGUGUUCAUGUCAGGUCUGACGUGUCAGGAACCAAUGGAUUGAAGCAGUGGUCUGGCAGUCUAGAUGUGCCCUAUAUGAUACCACUUGCCCAGGAGGGCUCAGACCGUAGAAGCUGCCUUUACAACUCCAGAGCCAGACGCAGUAACAGCUCAGAGGCCCUGCUGGAUCGGUCCAGCCUUCCCGACGAUCCGGCUCCCAGAAACGGCAUGCACCCGAAAGGGGGGCCCUACAAGAGCUCGGAAACACUAACGGAUGGGAAACUACGACACAUUCACCUGAGUAGCCCUGAGAAACACGUGGAUGGGUCAGGGGAACAGGCCAAAAUGCGCUUGUCCAUGGGGGGCAGAGGGGCUGGGGUGGGCUACAAUGAGCUGUUGAUGGACUACAUCUGGGGAAAACAGCAAAGGAUGCAAGUGCAGCACAACCUCUUCCAGUCCACAGGCAGGAUCUGGCAGGAUUUGCCCUCUCACGGUUCCACUAGCGGGGGAGGUGCUCCCCAUGCUAACGGUUUCUCGCAUUCCCAGGUGCACCUCCCGAGUGCUGUUUCUCCUCACAGCCCCAUGGUUGGCCGAGGUUCUCAAGCUGACAUGCGGAGGGUCAAGGUCACCAGAACCAAAUCUUGUGGACCCUUUAUUCCAUUGCAGCAACACCCCCAGGAUGCCAUCUUACUGUCAGCGUAUGAGUCACACCUUCCUGCCUCUGGAACCACUACAUCAUCCAUUCCCAACCUGCUCCCUUACCAGACCGAGCUCUCUGGCCCUGCUUUUAGUAGAAGAGCCCCACCAUUCUCCCUUCCGACUCCAGAGGACUCAACACGUAGUCUCCACAAAGCCCUGGCUCUGGAGGGACUGAGGGACUGGUACCUUCGGAACGCCCUCGGAUACCCUUCUAAGAGCCACGAAGCAGGGAUUUCACGUCUGUCGCACCCCCACCCUCUGGCUUUCCAGGCCCAGUCUGUUCAAGGUGAAGCAGUCAACCUCCACAGAACUCAAAUGUCCACGUCAGCCAGCUUCCAUGGGCACCCACUGCAUGGCAGGUCAAUGGAGCUCUCCCUCUAUCAGGAGACUACUCAAACCCAGACACAAGAAGGGGCCGCGAAGGAACCCAACAAAGAUCCAGGCACCCUUGUCUAA